AUGGCGUGGAAGCGGAAAUCGGACGCGACGCACUUCGACGAGGUCGAUCGGACGCUCUACUCCAUCUUCUGCAGCGCGGCCAACUCUCCUUCUAGGCCGUUGAUUGCUUUGGUUGUUAAAUGGAUAGUGAUUUCUGAUGCAGGUGUGCUUCUUGAUGACCUACUUGUUGCUGAAGAUCUGGCUGCUGCCGAAACAACAAGUGCAGCUUCCCAUGCUGCAGCAGCCGCAGCAGCUGCCAAUGUACAAGCAGGAAGAUCACCUGGAACACCUGGAAGAUUCACAUAUGCUGAUGAAAGAUCAAAACAAACUAUUCCAGAAGCCGUUCCUGAUGGUGCAGUUGUGCUUGGUACUCCUGUUGCCCCUCCUGUUAAUGGGGAUAUGUACACCGACAUAAGCACUGAAAAUGCCAUGCUGCAGGGACCAAGGAGACUGAGCAAAGGUGUGGAAUAUUUGGUUGAAGCCUCGGCAGCAGAGGCUGAGGCAAUUAGUGCUACUCUGUUUUUUUUUUAA